GCGCCCUCGCCCGCCAGGCUCUCCGCCCGCCGCCCGCGCCCGGCCCCGGCGCCCCGGCCCGCCGCCCGCGCUUCAUGGCUGCGCACGAGUGGGACUGGUUCCAACGCGAGGAGCUCAUCGGACAGAUCAGCGACAUCCGCGUCCAGAACCUGCAAGUUGAGAGGGAAAAUGUGCAGAAGAGGACCUUUACGCGAUGGGUAAAUCUACAUCUAGAGAAGUGCAACCCACCUCUAGAAGUUAAAGAUUUAUUCAUUGAUAUACAAGAUGGCAAAAUCCUAAUGGCUUUGUUAGAAGUCCUGUCUGGGCGAAAUCUGUUGCACGAGUACAAAUCCUCAUCCCAUCGUAUUUUCCGGUUGAACAACAUAGCGAAAGCACUUAAGUUUUUGGAAGAUAGCAACGUAAAACUGGUUAGCAUUGACGCAGCAGAAAUAGCAGAUGGCAACCCCUCUUUGGUUCUUGGGCUGAUAUGGAACAUAAUCCUCUUCUUCCAGAUUAAGGAGCUCACGGGCAAUCUCAGCAGAAAGUCUCCAUCUUCCAGCCUGUCACCUGGCUCGGGGGCCACAGACUCAGACUCUUCCUUCCCGCCCACGCCCACCGCAGAGAGGAGCCUGGCGGUAUCGGUGAAAGAUCAGAGGAAGGCUAUCCGGACCCUGCUGGCAUGGGUGCAGAGGAAGACAAGGAAGUAUGGCGUGGCAGUGCAGGACUUCGCGGGCAGCUGGAGAAGUGGGAUGGCCUUCCUGGCCGUGAUCAAGGCCAUCGACCCCAGCCUGGUUGACAUGAAGCAGGCCCUGGAAGACUCCAUGCGGGAAAACCUAGAGAAGGCUUUUAGCAUCGCGCACGAGGCCCUUCACAUCCCCAGGCUUCUGGAGCCAGAAGACAUCAUGGUUGACACGCCAGAUGAGCAGUCUAUCGUGACUUACGUGGCACAGUUUCUGGAACAUUUCCCGGAGUUGGAAGCCGAGGAUUUCGUGGAUUCCGAUAAAGAAGGCCCUAUCGAAUCCACCUUUGUCCGCAUCAAAGAAACUCCUUCUGAACAGGAAAGCACAGUCUUCCUUCUGACUGAAAACGGGGAGCGGGCCUACACCAUUAACCAUGAGGCCAGCCAACCACCACCCUCCAAAGUCUUUGUCUGUGACAACCCCGAGAGCGUGAAAGAAUGCUUCCCCAGUGGUGUGUCCAGCUAUGCAGUGUCAGACAGCUCCACUGAGUUCACGCACCAGAUCAUCGACCAGGCCCUCCAAGGCGUCCCAGGUAAGGCCAGCAGCACCAACGACCCAUCUCCAGAAUCUUCCAUUUUAUCAUCCAAAAAGGAUAGCCGGAGGUCCAACUCUUUGCCAGUCAAGAAAACUGUGCACUUUGAGGCUGACACCUACAAGGACGCUUCCUGCAGUAAGGACCCUCUCUACAGUCAAGACCUUCGCUUUGAAGGGAGCCCGAGAGGGACAGAGGACUCAUUGCUGAAGCAGGGUGGGUACAUCCUGGCAAUUGAAACUGCCGAGGAAAAGCUGAAACAGGAGUCUCUGAAGAUUUCAGAAGCAGCCUCUGAUGAGUCCCCAGGUGACAUCUCUUUGGUGGACGGUAAGAUCAAUCAUUCACAGACUGCCCAGAGUUCUCCCUCCUGGAAUGGGGAGCCGGAGGGUGCAGCCAGCCCCGGGGAGGAGAGUCGUCCCCUUUCACAUCUCGCGGACAACACUGUUAUGGCUGAUUCCUUGGAGAUCAAGGUCAAGCUGCUGACCGUAGAAGCUAUGGGUAAGGAAGACUAUUUUGAAGGCAUUUCUUUAAAAGCCUCUAAAUUUAGCAACGACCUAAUAGAUUUUGCCUCGACCAGCCAGGCUUUCAAGGCGGUUCCUUCGCCUCAUGAGAAAAAAACAGUGGAGGAUGAGGUUUUGGAGGAUCAGGCUGAGAAACCGGGGAAGAGGAGAAGUAAAUCUGCGCACCAGAGGAAAGAUUCAGAUGAGUCCCCAGAGAGGCCCGACAAGCUUGAACCUCACAAGGACCCCAGGCAAGAAGACCAAGGCUAUUCUCUGGCCCCAGGGCAGGCACCUGCGGAUAAGAAGCCAGAGGUGUACGAGAAGCCCAAGCGUAAGUCCGCGCGCCGCCGUUGGUGCGAGGACAAAGGGGAGCCUGCGGGGCCGCAGGGGCCCGAAGGAGAGGUGCCCUCCGAGCCGCCGAGCAGCAGCGUCAGCCUGGAGACCCUGCGCAGUCGCAGUGAGGAGGGCCUGGACUUCAAGCCCUCCCCGCCGCUGUCCAAAGUCUCCGUCAUUCCCCACGAUCUAUUCUACUACCCGCACUACGAGGUGCCCCUGGCUGCGGUUUUGGAGGCUUACGUGGAGGGCGCAGAGGAUUUGAAAAACGAAGCCCUGGAUCUCGAGGAGCCGGAGGGCUAUCUGUGUGACGUGGGGGCCAGGGACGAAGCCGAGGAGGUCGCGGUGUCUCGGAGCACCUGCAGCUUCUCGGGGCUGGGCAAGGACGUCCCCGAGGCCAGCGACCCUGCGGCGCCUUGUCCUAAGGGACGUGCAGAGAAUGCCAGACCGGCCUUGGAAACCGCUGACCCUUCCCCACCAGAGGACCACCAGCAAGGGGAGGCCGAAGACAGUUCCCCUGUGGAGAGCCAGCAGUCACAGGAAUUCGGAAACUCGGGAAACUUAGCAAACUCUUUAGAAGAAAAGGUAAUGGGAGAAUCGAUCAGCAGUAAAAAAAAGGAGAAAAGGAAGCAUGUGGGCCACGUAGAAAGUUCAAUAUUUAUAGCACCCGGCACCAUCCGAUCCUCAGAUGACCUAGAAGAAGACCCUGGCGACCACAAAGUCCUCUCCAGAACUAGUCACAGUGACUCCAGCAUUUACAUUCGACGACAUACUAACAGGUCUUUGGAAUCGGAUCAUUUUAGCUAUGUUCAAUCAAGGAACGCAGCAGAUCUGGAUGACAGAAGAAACCGAACGUUAACCAGGUACGAUACUCAGAAGCUCACUGAGCUGAUUUUACAGUUUUAUGGCAUCAGGGCAGACAUGAAGAGGGAGUGCAAACACGCCAGGAUGUCCAUGAAAGCCAACAACUCUGGUGAAGCCACGUUGCUGGAGAGCCAGAGCCCCCAGAGCGACUCUCUGACGCAGUUUGUCCAGCAGCCGGAUAUGAUGUAUUUUAUUCUCUUCCUCUGGCUCCUGGUUUACUGCCUGUUGCUGUUCCCGCAGCUGGACGUCAACAGACUCUGAGGCGCAUGUCUGCAUAAUAAAAACGACAGGCCCCUGACCAGGGGGCGGGAGCUCUUUCUACUUCACUUUAUUCGGGUGCGGAGGGGGGCACCUGUGCAGACGGUGGAGGGCCUCAGGGAAAACAGCCCUCUCUCCCUGCUUCUCCACCUUUCCUUUCUGUCCUGUAAGUGCUGAGCAUGCUUUUCCCUUCGGCUGUGUCCUCGACACUCAGGUGUGUGUUUGGCUGGAUCGUUAGGUGGAGUUUGUUCCUGCGGGCCUUGCUUUGUCAGGUAUGAAGCACCCUUGCUAUUAUUUAGCCAUAAUCUGGCUCGUAGCUCGUCCCCCGUGCAGGUUUUUAAGGUCCGGAUGGACUCGAUUGAGCUGUCUCUUGGAGGAGGGUCCUCCUGAUGGGAAAGAGGGGCGAUGCCCCACACAGGACCUCCACUGGGAAGAAAGCUGCCCCGUGUUCCUCCCCGAGGGGGGGGUUUGAGUGAAGGUGCUGGGUGUCCGUGCACCUGUCGUGUGGUCCGCGGUUGGUUAUAUCCGAGGGGCGCAGAGCUGCCGGCUCCAGGAGCCCACGUCCUGGAACGGCAAACCCGAGGAGGAAAGUGGGGGCUGUGUAGUGAGCUGCGGUGCACUUUCUGUCACCCUAGUUUUGGGGAGGGGAGGAUGGAAAUUCAGUUUUGCGUUGAUUGGAUUGAGGUUAAAGCUGUGAUUUGCAAAUGUUUUCCACCGUGUCUUAGCCAGGGGAGAAUCUAGAUGGUACAGUAAAAGCCUCUGUGCUGAUCUCCAGGGCUCCAGAGGGCACUGCCCAAGGCUCCUUAAAAGCCAGGAGGAGGAGUGCAGGAGUGGCUGGGCUCAGAGUAAGUUCUGGCUCACACUGGAGCUGGGACGUCAGCAUGGGCAUCCUUUGUGGUCAGUCAUAAUGGGAUUCUUUUUUUUUUUUUUUUUAAGAUUUAUUUACUUGAGAGAGAAUGAGAGAGAGCACGAGAGGGGGGAGGGUCAGAGGGAGAAGCAGACCCCCGCUGAGCAGGGAGCCCGAUGCGGGACUCGAUCCCGGGACUCCAGGAUCAUGACCUGAGCCGAAGGCAGACGCUUAACCAACUGAGCCACCCAAGUGCCCCCAUAAUGGGAUUCUUGAAUAGACUUUUCUGGAAGGUACCCCGAGAAGUAGACCAGAGCAGACAGUUUGUGGGGAGACCUCCAGCCACCCUCCCAUCUUCCUUCUGCCCUGUGCCACCCCCCCCACCCCUGUUUCCCACCAAGAUGCAGGCCCUAGGGCCCUGGUAUUGCUUCUAACUCCCAUUGCCCUGCCCCUCCCAGCCUUACUCAGAAAAUCACAAACCAGUAGGUCAGGAGGGGCCCUCAGACAGCCCCUGGGUCUGCCGAACCCAGAGAGGCAGAGCGGGUGGACCAAGGUCACACAGCCAACCAGGAACAGACUUGCAAAGGCACCCGUGCUGCCUGAUGCCUGGUCCAGGGCUGUCCCCUCUUUAACAAAACUUGUGUUGGGCCCAUGAGUGUCCUGGGGGGGGAAAUAAAAAAGGUUAAAUGAUUAGAUAAAAAUGUCCUCAUUGAAACAAAACCAAAAUUUGGGGCCAGCUGCAACCUUUGCUUUGCGCUCGUAAAGCAUUCGCUUUCACGCUUGUCCCCUGUGACGUCUGGAGUGCCCUUGACCGCUGGGCCAGCUCGGCCGCUGGUAAUUGCUUCUGCUCCAGAACCCACGGCUCUCUCUGAGCAAGCCGAGAGGUGUGCUUAUUUCAGGCAGUGGGUUUCAAGUUUACAGAAUUCCAGCAUGGCCAAAAGAAUUUACAUAGCACAUUUGAAUCGAUGACAACCCAAAUCCCACUCGGUUAUAGCCUGCCUUCUCUCCUUCUUGGUUCUUAGAACAAAUCUGAGCCUUCCAAGUGGAAAGCUGUCGGGAGCUUGGAGCGGUUCCAUCUUGAAGGCCAAACGUCCCGGGGAGAAUGGGCUAAUUAGUGAGUUCCCUGGCAUCACUGAAGGCUCAGAGGUACAGAGAGUAAAGAUGACGUGUGUGAUAUUUUAUAACCCCGGACACCACGUGGUCUUUGCCUAGACUAGAUGCUGGAAGAGCCAGGGAGGAGCCGACCCAAAACACGCGUCAUCUCAUUUUACGGGGCUAGACCUUGUUCAGAAAAAUCUCUGCAGGCUGUUUCUCUCACCCAUUACAACGUGUAAUAUUGUUUAAAACCACCCAGUGGCAAGAUGCCUAAAAAUCUUUUGGUUCCGGUUGGCUGUAAACAGAUUUCUUCUUUAAAGGCAAAAAAAAAUUCCCAGUGGAGAAUAGGCUUCUAUGGAAGAGGAAGUUGGAUAUACAAGGUGGAUGGAGAAGCCUACAGGACAGACCACCCAAUGGCUUUGAAUUUUUUUUUUUAAGAAUUGAUUUUUAAUUCUUAUCCAAGUCAUACAUAUUCAUAGUUUAUGAAGAAACAAGUACCAUAUGGCUUUUAAUGAAAACUAGCAGUCCCCUAAGUCUGGUUUCCCUAGAAGCCACACUAUCCAUCCCUUUAGCUAUGGCUUGUUAUUUACCUUUGCAGUUGCAAGGUAACACGCUUACACUUAUGUUCCUUUUUUAAAUUAGAAACACCUGCAACUUGCUAUUCUGGUAGAUGGGGGUCUCGCCCUUCUCCAUCCUCCACUUUUUUCCCCUGGUGUGUUUACAUCACGUUAUUUCAUGCACGUCUAUUCAGUGUAGGUGCAGAAGGACCGUUCACGCCUGAGCCAAGUAGUGUGCUAUGGUAACACGCCCUUUCUUGCCCCAAAUUUCCCCCUUGGUUUGCUCAUCUUUGUUUUUUGGAGUUGUUUUAUUUUUUUUUUUUAUUUUUAUUUUUUAGUGUGGCACGUUCUUUAGUAACUUCCUGAGGAAAGUAACAUGGGAAGUAAAUCUUGUAAAUUUCUUGAGCUUUUGCAUACCUUAAAAUGUCUCCAUUCUGCCUGUCCCUGAGUGUAGCUGGGUAUAGGAUUGCUGGUGGAGAGUGACUCCCUCCUACUGCUCCCCAGCCUAGUUGUUGAGACUUCUGGCACCAUCCAGAUUCCCAAGCCUCUAGAUGUGACUUGGGUUUCUCCCCACCUCCCCCGAAGCAUUCAAGAUCCCUUCCUUCUUAGUGUUCCGAGCUAUCCUGAUGCUACUGUGUCCUCCGUGGUAUGAAGGUCAUGCUGGGUUCUCAUGGGAAACUUCGUAAAUGUUCUUAUAAUGGUUCACAUCCUUUCUUUCUGAGCCACCUGUUAUUUCAGUGUUGGACCUUCCAGCCUACAAUCCUUUAAUAUUUCUUUAUCUUUUCUAUGUGUAAUCUUUUUAUUUUAGGGAUCACAUCUCAGGGAGAGGUCUUCAGCUUUAUCUUCUCGCAUACCUGAUGGAUGUUUAAUGCUUAAUUUUUCCAGAAUAGUUUGUUACUGUUCUCUUGUUCCUGUUUUAUCAUGUCCUGUUCUUCUUUCAUGGAUGCAGCUCUUCUCUCCCUGUGGCUGUUCAUGAAAGUGGCUUCGGGGAAGUUCUUUUCUGCUCCCUGUACUGGCUUUGUCUCCUCUAAGUGUCCUUUCUCUUGGUUAGUCUCAGGCUCUUUCACAUUGACGGCUGGUGGUUCUGUGGAUCUGAUCAUAUUGAAGAGUGAUCCAUCAGAAAACAAAUUGGAAGCUCUGUGUAUCAACCAGUGGGCUUUUCUGUAGGGUCACCCCACGUAUCAAUUGCAGGUCUUUUCUCUAGGACUCAUUGUGUUUCUUUCGAGAUAUUUUCACUUCUCUCCUGCCUGGGAAAGAGGGACAUCCAUAGAGCUGCUACUGGCCGAUGCAGUGUCCUCAUGCAAUUUCCAAGAAAAGGCAUUCGCUCUGGGUGGCUCACUUAGAGAAAGACACUGCCUCUGGGCAGAAGCCACCCAUAGGCACUUGGCUUGACUGGCAGAUGGCAUCUCCUGCCCCUUUCUCCAGCGAGAUGUAAGACCUGAGCUAGGGCAAGACUUGAGGAGCAGAGCAAGGACUAGAUUUUUACUCCCGACUCUUCCCUUAGCCAAGCACCUUUGUGCAGUGCGCAGACUGUAGAGCCGUACCCGGAGAUCCUAGCACACGUGAGUGCUCGUGUCCUGACCCAAGCGGGCAGGUUCAUCACGGUCAGUACUUAGACUCGUUGAAUUGCCCCUGCCUUGCUGUGCCCGGCGUCCCCGGGGUGGAGCUCCUCUGAUUCCCCCGUGGAGGAGGACCACAGCCGCUCCGUGGCAUGCCUCUGCCGGUGUGCGGUGGUCAGGUCCUCUGCCCGCUCAACUUCUCUGGCAGCUCUGCCCUGCUACACAUGGGCUGGCAUCUCUUGCCUACUCUCAUCCCCUCCUACCCCGUUGUCUUCCUUCCUUUGCUCCUGUUUUCAUGGGCUUUCACGAGAGCUGAAAGGAGCCCAUGUGGUCAGCACACCAUCUUGAACCGCAGAUCCCACUUGAGCCUGCUCACCACUUGGCUGGGUGGCUCGCUGCUCUGUGCGCCUGUCUGUGAGCCCGCCCUGAGGCUAUCUGGGGCCGUGGCAGCAACCAUCCUGCCGAGCUGGGGCCGGGUGCCUUUGCAUCAUUCCGAGCCGGAGGGGGUUGAAAGGCAUGCGGAAGCUCGGCUGGAAGGCCCCACGUGCGAAGUGAUCCUCCUUCCUCUCCUCUCUGGUCACCCCCUGCCCCCAGACAGUUGCAUCUCCCACCUCCCCACAAGCUCUAGUCUGAGGUGUCCGGCAGUUUCCAGGUUUCCCUCACCACCCUCGCUUCAUGUAGGAAAUAAACAGUCCACACUCGUGUCUGCUAACCAACAGGGUCUUCUCUCUCUGCUGGGCAGCUUCGUGGAACUUGGUGAGCAUCGCUUCCUGUGCUGGCCAGAGCUGGCCUCUGCAGGGGGACAGGUUCCCGCCAGGACUUGGAGCCCUCACUGCCCAGGACAGCCACCCAGACACAUGGUGCUGCUCCAUUUCUGGGGUGCAGCAAAUUUCCACCAGUGCUCUCCCUGCCCGCACAGUGCGUGCCUGCUCCUUGGAAGGCCAGAGCGUAUUAGAAAGCAGAAGCGUUUAGUGGCUGCCUCUUCGGGCAAUCUUUAUAAGUCAUAGAAUAUUCGAUAGCCUUAGGGAUCUCAAAAGGGUCUAUCACUUCGUCUGAGCAACAAGAACACUGAAGGUCAGGAAGGGGACGUGACUCGUCACAGUGCUGAUGAGUGACCCCAGGGCGGUCAUCUUGAUUCCCAAUGACGUUUUCUACAAAACUCCAUCCUCCAGCCCCUGAAGCUUCCCUGCUCCUCCCUCCUUGCCAAGAACUCAGAACGUCACGAAGCUAAUUUCUCAAACACAAAUCGGAAUAAACAAGUAAAGAAGGUAUCUUACUGAAUAUCAGAAAGCAUCAAAGCCGCUUCGGUAAGAGCUAUUCUCUUUCCGUGGUGACGUCACUGGAGUGCAGUCCCAUGACAGGACACUUUUCACGCAAGCUCAGUUUUUCUUGGAUCUUGGAGGCCUGCUGGAGUUUUGAGAUGUGGCCUCUCUCUCUUUCUGCCUCCAGACCUUCCUCAGGGAUCUGUGCCGAAUUCCCCACCUGUACUCAGCUUCACAUCCUGAAGUCCCCAAAGUGGGUUGCCUUGGAGUUUCAGGCCAGCGUGGCUUCUCAGAACCUUCUCGGCAAUGCUCUUGCCAGGAAGCAAGCCCAUAAUGCUCUCCAGGUCCAGCUGUGUUCUUUCUGUUUCCCCGACAUUGCAUAAUCGCUGCUGAAACCACCUUUAGGGGAAGAUUUAAGAUCCUGGGCCUGCAGCUGCCAUGGGGAGCCCCGGCGGAAUAGCAGGUUAUUCGUCCGGCCCUUGCAGCCAGUGAGCGGGGCGGCUCCGAAGACAAGGGCGAGGAGCCCGGGCGAGACACUGAGGCUGAGAGCUGGAGGGGCUAUACCGUGCUUAUUUGCUGAAAAUUGCUGCAGAGUUUGCCUCCCCAGUUAGCCAAGGGAGGGAGCCAAGAAAGGAGACGUAGCUUCUUUGCUGGACGCUGAGUCCACAGAUCUUUCGAGUCGGCCUUGUCAGGCAUUUCCUUGAGGAAGGACAGCAGUUCAGGGAAGUGAGCCUGGUGCCUGAGAAGCACGGGCUUGGGCUGAGUUGGGCCCCAGAUCUUCCAUUUCUGUCGUGUGCACACUCGACAUGAGCACUCAGCCCUCCUCGCUCUGAUUUUUCGGAGCUCCCCACUGACCGUCAGGCCUUGUCAUUUCUCCUGCAUGGGCUUGGGGUGAGCUUGGUCGAGUAAUUGGGCAAAGGCUUAGAGAGUCGGAGCUCCCACUUCUCUGAGAGCCGGCAGAGGACCAUCUGAGUUCCUGUGCACCCCGGCCCGUCCAGCGAUCAGCAGACCCCGCGGAGCCAGGGAGACUCUUACAGUUUGCUCUGAGAACCUUGAUGAAAACACAUCAGGCAAGCAGUUCUCACAGCCCAGGGCUGUCGCAUCAACAAGCCAGGAAACAUCUUAGUGUAUGGCGAAGAGACAACCAGUAUUUUGUUCUGUUUGACCACGUUCUUCUUAAAUACAACACUACUCAGCCAUCCGGGGGCUGAUCCCACUGCUAACUUUUUAAAUUCCUGACACCCAGAAGCCAAGUCUAGCUUUCGUCUCACAGGGGUCUUCGUAACUGAAACCAUUUUCCUUACAUCACAGUUCCCUUUCCUCCUACUCCGGGAGGUGUCCUGGGCUCCAGAAAGCGCAGGUUUGGGAAUCAGCCAGAUCUAGGUCUGAGUCCCUGCUCUGUCACCUGGUAUCUGGAUGAUCAUCAAGCUCCCCGAGUGUCUUCUGCGCGGGGCAGACCCUGCGUACAUCCAUGUUGAAUGAAUAAUGCUUCCUUGCAAGUUUGCCUCGAAGCUGUAAACCGUCCAGCAGCUCCUUGCUCUGAAUUCCCCUCCUCCCUGAGCUUUGCAGACACCUCCUUUCCUUAUGUUCCAUUGACAAGAGCUUCUUGAAGCCUCUUCAGCCCACCUUUGUCCCACCAGCUGCUCUGUCUCAAAUCUAACCCAAACCUUUUAAAGAGGAAGUUGAGGGGUGCCUGGGGGGCUCAGGCAGUGGAGUGUACAGCUCUUGGUCACAGCUCGGGUCUCGUUCUCAGGGUCAUGAGUUCAGGCCCCAUGUUGGGCUCCACACUGAUUUCAAAUGCUGAUUUUCACCCUGGACUUCACGGCUUAGAAGAUAGUUACACCCUAAGGAGGUUCUGAUUCUUGAUGGCUUUGGCCAAGGUGGCAUCUGUGGGUGGAGAUUCCCAGAGCUGGGAAGGUGGUGAACUUGGUUAGUCAGCUUGCAGUUCCCCACCACAUGUUCUUCUCCCCCAUCCCAAAUUUCUGCACACCACUCCCAACCCCAUACCAAAACCACUCAGAUGUCUCCUUCAUGCUCGCAUAAAAAUGACUGAAGAUGACCCAGAUUCAUGUUUUCGCCUCUGGUUGCAAAUUUGCAACCAAAAUGACUGCCUCUAAAGAACCGCCAGCAGUAAAAUCUCGGCAUCUAACCUCAAAAACUUCAGCCACCAGUUAACGAGCCAUCCUGCCCCAGCUAAUCACUUCUCCAACGCAAACGCCUGCUUUUUUUUUUUUUUUUAAGAUUUAUUUAUUUCUUAGAGCAAGUAUGAGUCAGGGGAAGGGCCGAGGGAGAAAGAGAAUCUCAAGCAAACUCCGUGCUGAGCUCAGAGCCUGAUGUGGGGCUCAGUUUUUCUUGGUCUCAUGAUCCUGAGAUCAUGACCUGAACCGAAACCAAGAGUCAGAUGCCCAACUGACUGAGCCACCCAGGCGCCCUCCAACACCUGCUUUUUCAGAGCAGGAAAUUAGGCUCUCUCCCUCAAAACACAAACACACUUCAUUGGGCUGGGCAGAGCACAAUUAAAAUAAGGAUGGAGGAUUUGAAUUACUUGGAUGAAGCCAUAAUUGGUUGGUCUGUGAGAUAGGAAUACUUAUUUUUCCUUUGUUUUAAGUUUAAAAGUUGUGAUUUUUGCACUGUCGCAGAAACAGAAAUAUCUUUUGAUUGGUUUGUUGCAUUUGCAGUGGCUUGGACUUCUUUUAGCCCCACCCAAAGUCAAUAAGAGCAUAUCCUCUGCCAGACUGUGCUAUAAGUAAGAACAGCCACAAAGGCCAGCAGUCUUCAAUGUCACAAAGUAUUCUUCAAUGUCAUGCGAGGAUUGAAUCAAAGGCAAACGCUGGGCGUUUCUGUAACCUAGGGAGUUGACAUUGUUCCAAAGUAGGACAACACCGGCCUGAGCAUCAGGAACCCACAUCUGGACUCUGGCUCACCUGCUGGGACACCUUGAAUAAUUCAUUUACCUCUCUGGGUCAGAAGUUGGAAAAUCUUUUACAAAAGUCCUUCCUAGGUUUAAAAAUCCAAAGGUUAACAAGGUAGAUUUUUUAAAAAGUCUCAGUAAGUGACCUAUUUGCUUAAAAUAAAUGCAUCUCUGUAUUCCUAAGUGAAAUCCAAAGCUUAGAACAUUGCUUCUGGGUUUCGUAUCUGAUAAAGGUGCCUUCAGAAAGAGUUUGGCAAAACAAAGCGUAGUCUGUUAGGGUGUGGGGAUGAAAGUUGGAGUAGAAUGGAGGAGAUCUGCUUCCUAGGGCUCCCGGACCUAAACUGGUCUCCUUAAAUUAAGUCUGUGUCGGAGGCAGUUUGCCAGGGAAAUCUGUCCCAGAUGCCAGAGUUCAGCAGUAGGAACAAAGAACUAUAAACAGGACCUUCCUACCCUCCCCAUCUUUUCCCCCUUCCCCUGGCGGACUCAAAAUUAACCGGUGCAGAAAUCCCAUUCGUGUCGGGCUGUUUGCAUUGUAACAUUGGAUCCCUUCAGCCGAAGGCUGGCACGUUAGUGGAGAAUGUUCCAGAGUGGGCCCGCACCUGUGGGGCAGGGUGCCAUGAGGAGGAGGCCUGCCUUUUGCGCUGGAAAUCACACCAUAAGAGAGUGCCUGCAUCACUUGCCUCGCAGCCAAAGACAAAUAGGAAACAUGGUUGUUCCCUCCCGUGUGUCGUGUGUCGUCUGGACUGAUGACUAAGCCUGGCAACAGUUUCUCCCGAGCCUGUUCUCGAGGAUGGUGAUAGGAGUUUGCUUCAAGGUCUGUAAUAUGUUUAACAGAUUCAAUACUACUGUUUCUUUUAACGUCAUGGCAGAGCUUCAGGGACAACGUCUGAACAUUUUUAUGGAGAGCGCUAAGAGAACUAUGGAGAAAAAAGUGAAAUGUUAUUUUGUAGAACAAGGAUUAUUUUGUCUAUUGAGUAUAUACCCGUAGCUUUGUAAAAAGGGAUCUUUGUAAAAAAAAAAAAAAAGAUUGUAUGAAUGUGCCCUCUUAUUUAUUGAUUAUUGUAAAUGAAGAUAUAAAUGACUAUUUGCAUAAUUUAUACCUGUGGGAAAUUAACUGGAGUAUUUGCUAUUUGACUGUUUUCUAUUAAGGAAUAGUAGGCUCAGUGCUAUGAUGAAUGGUCUUGGAAAAUCCCAUGUAUUCUUAAGAAAAUUUUUAAGUAUAAAUUUCACGAACUGUC